AUGACGGACCCCUUCGUCCUAAGAUGGGGCAUCAUGGCCACCGGCGCCAUGUCCGAAUACCUCCUCACCAACCCGUCAACCCGUGGCGUCACCGACGUAUCCCAUUCCAUCGCCGCCGCCUCCUCCUCCUCCAACGACCCCUCCAAAGCCACCGCCUUUCUGUCCCGCAUCGCCCACCCGGCUCCGUCCACUGUCAACACCUACGGCUCAUAUCAAGCCCUGGUAAACGACUUGUCCGUCGACAUCGUGUAUAUCGCCACACCGCACAGCCACCACUUCCAAAACGCUAUGCUCGCACUAACCGCGGGGAAACACGUCCUCUGUGAGAAGGCGCUGUGCGUCACCGCGGCGCAGGCGCGUUGCUUGGUGCGCACUGCAAAGGAGAAGAAGCUGUUCUUCAUGGAGGGCGUAUGGACGCGCUUUUUCCCGCUCAGUAGACGGAUUUCGGACCUCUCGCGCGCGAAUGGCGACGGCGACGAUGUGACGGGCAAGAGGUUGGAUUACGAGGACAGGCAUCGCAUGGUGAACCCCGAUCUGGCGGGGGGUGUGCUACUUGGUCUGGGUGUAUACGCGCUCACGUGGGUGUUUCAGAUCCUCUACCACCUACAAUCCGAGGCGGAGAAGGAGGCGCCGGAGGUGAAGGCCGCCGUGCAGAAGUAUCACACGGGCAUCGACGAGUCCGUCGCGAUGCUGCUCAGCUUUCCGCGCCACGGGACGGUCGGGGUGGCUACUGCGUCGCUGCGCGUGGCGACGGAUCCUGGAGAGACAGGGAACCCGGCGGUGCGGAUUCAGGGCUCUCGAGGGGAGCUACAGGUGGCGCAUCCCGCGUACAAGCCGGCCUCGUUCAAGAUCAUCAAACAUAAGGAUGAUGGGGAAAGGGUGGAAGAGGUGGUUGAGUGUCCGCAGCCGCAGGAUGGCGGAUGA